GGCCCAGGGCACCAAAAAAAUGAAAAAAUAUAAAAUAUAAAAAUAUGUAUAUGUAUUAUAUAUAUAAAAGAGGAGCUACAAAACUUUCUACGUCUGCGUCGUUAGCUCUGGAUAACGCUAAAGGAAAGAUGUUUUUUAUAUAAUUUUACUUGGGAUCAGCAAAAAAAUUAACACUUGAUAUUGAUUCCCUCAAGUGGGCGCCACAAUGUUUUCGCCCGGGGUAUCAGUGGCCCGGGGUAUCGACGCCUCACUUAUAUGUGGCUCUAUACCGUGUGACUCACGGCACGACACUCAGCCAACCUGAAACCCCACUCCAACAUGCAACAUCAUAAUAAUAAUAUGCAAAAACAUAGUAGCCAGGUAGACACAGAAUAAGAUUUUUUGUGAACAUGCAAAAAGGUUGGAAAUUACUUCUUUGCUUUUUUAAGUUAAAGUUAUUAAAUGUAAACUUAAAUAAGUAAUAAAAAAAUAUGUACAAAUUACUAUAACUUAAAACGAAAAUAAAGAAAAAUAAAAGCAAUAUUUCUUUCUUCUUUGCAGUUCGAUCCUUAUUUCCAGGGACAACCUGUAUAUCGUCAAAAUCGUUACAUAUUUAUGUCCUUAGAUCAUGUCACAUAUUUGAAAUGAAUUUAAAACUACUCAUAUAUAGGGCGAGAGUUAGAGGAGUCCCAGUAUAUUGUUGUUUCUUGUUGCUGCUAUAUAUAUUGUACAAGCAGAUUUUUCAUCCAAAGUUAAAGCACGCUGAUUGUGUUCCGCAACACCUACAGCAAUAUGUCAAAUUCAAUGAAAAGUUCAUGUGGGAACCUUGUGAACUGCAAAGCGCAGAGAUCAGCAAGCUAGCCAGCACCAUCGAACUGCUGAACUACGAGCGCACAGUGUUCCAGACGCAGAAGUACGGCAUAGUGACCAGCAAGACGAACAUGCUAGUGGUGCAGGUGCACCGUGACGUGGAGCGGUUGCAGUACCUGAUCGUGUCGUUGGCGCAGGUGCGCGAUGUCGAAUCUGUUUUGCUUGUCUUCUCACACAGUUAUUAUGACGACAGAAUCAACAAACUCGUGUCCGGCAUCACGUUCUGUAGGUUCAUGCAGAUAUUUUAUCCUUAUUCGCUACAGCUGUAUCCGAACAAGUUUCCGGGCAUAGACCCCGAUGAUUGUGUGAGUACAGCCGGGAGGACGAAAAGGUUUUGCAGUAGUCGCGACGGUCGCCUCACAGAGCACAAGCAUCACUGGUGGUGGAAAGCUAAUUUCAUCUUCAACAAUCUCGACUGGUCCGAUACAUUCAAGGGCACCGUCGUAUUCUUACAAGAGGACGAUUACGUUUUGCCAGAUUUACUAUACAUGCUGCGGUAUAUGACGCGGUCGCAGGCUUACCUUCCAGGACUUCACCUUCUGUCCUUUGGAAGGCCGCGCGCAAAAGAUUUAGAUUUUGAUGUACUUUCAGUGUCCUCGUGGCAUCCUCCCUUUGACAAAGGCCUGGCGUUCAAUAAAAGCCUGUGGCAUAAGAUAAGUGCGGUUUCUUCAUAUUACUGCUUGUAUGACGAUCUCAGUUGGAGCUACUCGCUGCUCAACGCUUUUAGGAAGUUCAAUGAGGGACAUGUGGAUAUGGUGGCUACCCAGAUGCCGCGUGUAGUUUCCACCAGCACAUUCCCUAGCGGGCGCGCGGCCAUGCAACAAAUUGCAUUGUGGCUAGUUGGCGCCAGGAUGUUUCCUUCGAAUGUGAAGGCAGUAAUGUUGUAUAGUAGUACCGGCCGAGUGAACUCAGGUGUGAAGCCUCCUCCACGGGGCAACGGAGGCUGGGGUGACUUGCGGGAUCACCUGCUGUGCCUGGACCCUCUCAUGUCGACAACCACUAGCAACACAAACGACAUGAGUGCAACGACCUACUCGCAGACCACCACCAAAGCAGCCGACUACAUUACGGUCGCACAACACAAAAUGAACAUGUCGAUUGCUGACCUACGUAAUAUGAAUUUUAAGUAGCUGGACACUGCACAUUCACACUUAGCCUCGGAUAUAGUUACAGAACGGAGCUCCGGUGGGCAAAAGCCAAAUUCCGCGUGGUUUCACCCGCUCUGCUCGGCUCCUACUUAUCGUAGCAUGAUGUUAUCUAGCCUUUCUCAAUAAAUGUAUUAUUAUCCAACACAAAAAAUAUUUAAAUCGGACGAGUAUUUCCAGAGAUUAGCGCGUUUAAACAAACAAACAAACUCAUGUUUGUUUGAACGCUAUAAUCUCAGCUUUUUAUAUUAAUAUACCUAUUGAUACAUAGGGGUAAGCACCGUAGGUAGCAGAAUACGGAACCACCAAAGUACAUCAUUUACUUUUAUCUUAAUCUUUGCGAUGGCCAGGAAAUCUGCGUUAAACUGACGUCCGCAAAAUGCUAGUUUAACUAUAGGUGACAGUAAGUGUAGCUAGUUGAAACGGAUUUAAAAAAACCAGCUGGUGUGGUUGUAUUAUAAUUUUUUUGGUGAUGGGUAACAUUGUUAGCUAGACUAACUGGGUAUAACCAGGUAACCAUUGCAUUACAUUAUAUACCUAUAUUUUUUUACUCAAGGACAAGAUGUAAGCUAUUUAGCAAACCCCUAAAAACGUUUCAAUUGACCCGAAAUAAAUGUUAUUUGUGUCCGGUCCGAGUACCAAAUUAACAAAACUAUUCCACUACCGUGAAUUUGCAUAAAAUAAAUCUUUCUCUUUACAAAAAGGCACAUGCGUUACUUCAUGCUACGUAAUGAGGUCAUGCUAAGACAAAAAAGGGUUAAGUUUUUAACCUAUCAUUCCAACCAACUUGUUGCAAAGAAGUUUAGAGAAAUGUCUAUAACAUGAUCCUGUUUAUAACCAUGUUACCUACCAAACCACUUAAAACGAAUGCAGGAUAAUCUUUUCAAAAAGAAACUAACAGAUUGGCUCCAGAUUUGUUGUUUGUAUUGUACCUAUUAACUAUUAAGGAAUUUAUGGAAUUCUAGCUGGCCUAGUAAAGUUCGUGACUCAAACAUCUUUUUCUAAUCUUUUAAACCCUUCCCUGGAUUUCUACAAAUAAUUCAAGACUUUACCAAAUUGGUCCAGCCGUUCUCGGGUUUUGGCGAGACUAACGAACACCAAUACGAUUUAGAUAUGAAUAUACUAGAAUAUUAUAUAUUAGAAUAUAUAGAAGAAAAAAAUAUACACUGAUAAUAAAAAUUAUUAGGGUUCCGUUGCCAAAUGGAAAAAAACUAAACCCUUAUAGAUUCGUCAUGUCUGUCUAGCUGUCCGUCCGUCCGUCCGUAUGUCACAGCGAUUUAUUUCGGAAACUGUUGGGCCCACACAGUUGAAGAGAGUGAGAAAUAUAAAAAGACUAUGCUGUAGAUUUCAAUGGAAACUUUCAACGAAAAUUGGUUUGAACGAGAUAUCAUUAUUAGUUUUUAAGAAAUAAUACAUUAUCAAAAAACCGCAUAUAUAACUUUGUCGUUCAUACAAACACUAUGUAUAACCAAGUUAUUUUAUAACUUUUAUAUUAUGUUAUCUACUUGCUGCUACGGAACCCUUCAUGGGCGAGUCCGACUCGCACUUGACCGGUUUUUUUUAUUAGUACAUGCCAUAAUGUGCACCUCUGCCUACCCCUUCGGGGGUAAAAGACGUGACGUUGCAUAUACAUUGCAUAUUAUACAUAUACGUUGUAUAAGUAAUAUGUCUAUAACUAUAACUCAACAUUAUCAAGUAUUGUAAUCAUUUAAUUUAUAAUGGUGACUUUGAUUUCUUCGCACGCUUGCCUGCAGGCAGAAUACCAUGACUUUAGGGCUAAAAAUUUUCAUUAGCAAAAUAUGUAUUUCUUGCAAAUAAAAUAAUUUGAAAGUGGCGCAUUAUAACGUGGACAAUAGGCAACGUUUUAGUAAUAUGGAACCGCUAGAAGGAAAAUAGAAACGGGCGUCGUUUGUAUCAUCUCGCGUUAACCCCGCAAGCACAGCUGCAAGGGUUGCGCAUUAUAUUAGAAGGAAUUAUUAUUUGCUUUAUGUAUGGAUCUUUCCGCAGAUACUGGUUUCUUUGAACAAAAUUACAUCGUUAUUUUGUAUUCUUGGAAAACAGCAUUCAAUUUAAUUGUCUGUAAUUAUUUAUCUAUUCUCUUCAUCGCUUUCAUUAGCAACUAACACAAAAAAGAAAUAGUUACCAAAAAGUCAGUUAUUCACGCGCCCUGUUGUACAAAAUAUUGUAAUAUGCUACAGCUGCUGACCUAAUAACAAACUGAAACGAAUAACGUACCUGUGAUGUCCUAGUUAUGUUAUUCAUUCUCCUUUACUAGCUAUUUACACAAUAAGCGUAUGUUAGGGGUUAUUUGUAUUAUAAUAAAAUGCAAUAAUUUUG